ACAAUCAUAACAACCAGAACACAGCUGCAGAAGGAGGGAAUGUAACACGUCUUCAGAGACACCAAGCAAGCUAGACAGACAGGUGUUCUGUAAGAAGCUGUCGUUAAAGGUGUUUGAGGCAGAGAGGUGUAAUAGCGAGAAUGAGGGGAUGCUGCACUGAACCACAGAGCUGUUGCGGUGCAGGCAGCUGAAAUGGUGUCUCAUGUUACACAAUUUCUGAAGAUCACUUAAGACUUUUACGACUAUGGGACAAGACAAGAGCCAUCUUGGUCUCUGACAAAAGUGCAACUCAAGCAGAAGGGCGUUGACCGGAGAUUCAGAGAAGAUCCAUUUUCUUCUAACACGCUCUAGACACACCUACACACACAGCCCGUGUGCCUCCCCUCCCCUCAGCACGGUGGUGUAUGUGUGUGGCCGUGUAUGUCUGUAUAAGUGCGUGUGAGUGACGGACACAAGGUGGACGUUUGAUGGGACAGUGAACAAUGCCUCCAGCGCAGUGUCAGCCAGCAGCCACUAGAGGGCAGCUCGGAGCCCCCAGCCGUCAACUGCUGUUCUCUGUUUUUCUGCUGCUCCUUCUGGGACAAACCCAAGGAGGCAUGCACAUACCCAAAGACUAUGUAAUUAAUGACCUCAAAGAGCCUCCAGUAAUCACGUCUCAGCCAGAGUCUUACACAGCCUUCUACCUGGAUGAUGUUCUUCUGAAGUGUGAGGCCAAGGGUAACCCCGCCCCCAAGUUUCGGUGGGUGAAGGAUGGGAAGUUGUUUGAAGAAGGCUCAUAUAGUUCUGGGGUCAUCACAGCAAAUGAGAGUAAAGAUCUGAAGUACUACCAGGGGACAUAUCGCUGCUUCGCCUCUAAUGACCUGGGAACGGCCAUGUCUGACGUGAUGGAGCUCAUCACAGAGCCCCCUCCAAUCUUGCCAAAAGAAAGGAGAGUGAGGAAGACAGUGAAUGAGGGGGAUGAUGUGGUUCUCCACUGUAAUCCACCUAACAGCUCAGUGGUCCCUUACAUACACUGGAUGGACAAGAAGUUGCUACAUAUUAAACAGAAUGAACGUGUCACCAUUGGUCUGGAUGGCAAUCUUUACUUUGCCAACGUGCUGGUUACUGACACCAGAGACGAUUACACUUGCAAUGCACAGUAUGUCCCUGCCAGAACCAUUUUACCGAAGGAGCCUAUCUCCCUGCAUGUUAACCCAUCUAACAUGGUGGCGAAGAUCAGACGGCCACGUCUUCACCGGCCCGAAGGCACACACAGCCACUACCUUGCCCUCCGAGGACAGACCCUGACACUGGAGUGCAUUCCACAUGGCCUACCCACUCCCACCGUGACCUGGGAGAGGAAAGAUGGCCCACUUUCUCUUGACAGAGCCUCAGUGCUGAAUUAUGAUCGCUGGCUGCGCUUUGAGGAAAUUUUGGAGAGUGAUGAUGGAGAAUAUUCCUGCACUGCCAACAACUCACAUGGGUUCAUAUCACACACAUAUAUGGUCGAAGUGAAAGCCGCUCCGUACUGGACUAAAAAGCCUCAGAGUCAACUGUACGCUGCAGGAGAGACGGUGCGGCUGGACUGCCAGGCAGAGGGCAUCCCCACUCCUCAGAUCACAUGGAAAAUCAACGGAGUUCCUAUAUUAGACACGGAUGAAGAAUGGAGGCGGCAGGUUACGGGGGGAACACUGAUUUUGAGUAGCGUUUCCUACAGUGACACUGCAGUGUAUCAGUGUGAAGCCUCCAAUAUAUACGGAAGCAGCCUGAUCAACACCUACAUCCACAUCAUCGAGCUCCCCCCUCAGAUGCUGACUGAAAAUCAGGAGGUUUACAGAGUGACAGAGGGCAGUUCUGCUUCCCUCAACUGCAGCACCUUCGGCUCUCCACGACCGAUGAUCAGCUGGGAAACUGAAGGAGAUGAACCAGUUCUGUCUAACCCUAAAAUGUCCCAGAUGACCAAUGGCACAUUACUGAUCACCAACGUUAGCCGAGAGGAUGCAGGACCCUAUUUCUGCUCAGUGAAAAACUCCAGCCUGUCCAUUACUGCCCUUCUGGAUGUUCUGAACAGAACUCAGAUUAUAAGUCCUCCACGGCACCUUCAGGUUCUCCGUGGUCAGUCUGGAGUUAUGCAGUGCCAGUAUGAAGUGGACCUUCAGCUCAAGGACCCCACCAUCGUGUGGAGGAAAAAUGGCCAGAAAAUCACAACAUCAGCGCAGGAUGACAAGUACACGGUGUUUGAGAAUGGUUCUCUCAAAAUCACAGACGUCCAGCACAAGGACACUGGACGCUACAGCUGUGAGGUCAUUACUGAGCUGGACAUGGACAUAGCCAUCGGGUCCCUCACUGUGGUUGAUAAGCCAGAUGUCCCUCACUCGCUCCAGCUCUCUGAGAAGAAAAGCCGCAGUGUCACUCUCUCCUGGACCCCUGGAAAUGAAAACAACAGCCCUGUGUUGGACUAUGUGAUAGAAAUGAGAGAAGAUGUGCAUUCAGAGGCAAGUGGCUGGAAGGUGGUGGAGCAAAUUUCUGCAGAAAUCAACCGCAUUGAGAUUCCUCUACUGCCUUUCUGCACUUACCACUUCAGAGUGGCAGCCAUUAAUGAGAUCGGGAUGAGUGACUUCAGCAUGCCAUCAGAAUCAUAUGCAACACCCCCUGCAAAACCUGAUGCUUACCCAAAAAAUGUGAUGAGCGAGUCUACUGACCCAGACAGCAUGGUCAUCACAUGGGAGGAGAUGAAGCGGAAACACUUUAAUGGGCCAGAUUUUAGGUAUAAGGUGUUUUGGCGUCAGUCGGCUGGCCAGCAGCUUAACUGGGAGCAUGUUUAUGUGUCCCAUCCACCAUUCAUUGUCAACAAUACCGGCACCUUCACCGCCUUUGAGAUCAAGGUGCAAGCAGUUAAUAGGCUGGGUGAAGGUCCCAGUCCUACUUCUGAAAUCGGCCAUUCAGGAGAAGACUUUCCCGAGAAGCCCCCAACUAGGAUUAAUGUGUCCCAGAUCAACGGCACAGCUGUUAAUGUCACAUGGAAUGCAGUCAGUAGAGAGUCUGUACGUGGACAUUUGCAAGGCUAUAAGAUCUAUCUGCGGAGGCUGCAUCCACAAGGCAUCCAUGAUCACAGAGGUAAAAGAGAGCUGGCCCUGAGGGACAUGGAGAGAGAGGAGGAGAGCAGAGUGAUUGUGGUUUAUGGAGACAGAAAAGAACAGGCGGUUCUGAGUGGUUUGGAGUUUUAUUCUGAUUACCAGCUGUCAAUCGCUGCCUUCAACAAGAAAGGAGAUGGGCCUCAGUCUGAGCCUUAUAGCUUCAAAACACCAGAAGGAGUCCCUGGCCCACCCUCCAUCUGGAAGCUUGAAAGUCCAUCAAAGACUGAGCUCACCCUCUACUGGAGACCUCCGCGCAAGAUCAACGGAGUCCUCAAAGGAUAUAUUCUAAAUUACCAAGAGUUCAUAGAGAACAGUCCCAGUACGCUGGAAUAUAUGCGCAUUGAUGAUCCCAAAAAGACACACUUCACGCUGAGCAACCUGAACCCACAGCGCCAUUAUUUCUUUGACUUGAGAGCCCUCACUAAUGCAGGAGACGGAGAUCCAGCCAGAGUUAACGGAUCCACCUUGCUUGACGGCGAGCCUCCAUCCUCUGUAAAUGCAACUGUGGGAGAAACAUUCGUGAACCUGAGCUGGGUUCCGAGCCACAGACGCCGAAACAUUGGCUUCACCGUUCAUUACCGGAAGACUGUUGGAGGUCAGUGGGAGGAAUCGGAGCAGGUGAAUUCCACUCAGGCCUUCUACCAGCUCCAAGGCCUUCAGCCUGGAACACAGUACGUGCUGGAGAUCCGCCUCAGUAACGAAACCUUCUGGAUGCAGGAACUGCAGACCAAUGGGCCAGAGCUUGCUGUGGUGCAGAAUGGCUUUGCCUCUGAGGGCUGGUUUAUUGGACUAAUCAGCGCUGUAGUGCUGCUGCUGCUGAUCCUGCUCAUUCUCUGCUUUAUCAAACGAAGCAAGGGCGGCAAAUACUCAGUGAAAGAUAAAGAGGACGGCCGGGUGGACUCAGAGGCUAGACCAAUUAAGGAUGAGACGAUUGGAGAGUACAGAUCGCUGGAGAGCAGUGAUAACGAUGAGAAACGCUCCAUCAGCCAGCCGUCACUGUGUGUGGAGAGCAAACGUGCAAGUGACGACAGCCUAGCUGAGUACGGGGACAGCGUGGACAUCCAAUUUAAUGAAGACGGUUCGUUUAUAGGUCAGUACAGCGGCCGGAGGGACCACCAUGGCCAAGCUGGUGACCACGACAGCUCUGGGGCCACGUCCCCCACCAAUCCCAACAUGCCUCCCCCGAGCAUGAGCUUCCCCAGCUCCGUCACCGGCAUCCUGGGGGGGAACUAACAUGAAUGGACUGAGAUGUUCACUCCGAUACUGGCAUUCCUUCACAUACAGAUUAAUACCAAUACUGCCCAUGUGCAUUCUGGGACUGAAAAUCUUUACAAAAGACACGACAGGACUGAAAACGACUGCAAAUUUUCCACCACUGCCGGCAACAUUAGAGCAGUUUCAAGCACACAAAUCCUCGCACUCACUUUGGUCUAAAGGCCUGGAUAGACUUUAGAGAAUCGACAACUUGCUCUGAUGUUUGGAGACAUGCAAUGUCAUAAAAUGUACCCACAAUUGUUCAAACGUUUGGAAUCACUGUUUUCAACAAUAUAGAACACAUUUGGUUGCAGAAAAAUGUAUCGAAUUAUAUUAACCCUGUUGAUAUGCGCAAUAUAUUACAUGAAUUUGGUGGUGACUCCUUAAACUUGUUUAAAUCUGCUGCCAGAAGAGCUUUAAUACACGUUCACACACAGUGAAAUGUGUGAACUUGGAGAAUCAGAGCUUAACUUGUUUUCUGUCACUGUGUAAACAGCAGCAGCAUUCAGAAAUCACAAUCAGUGGAGAAGAGUAGAUCAAAAUAGGCACGUUUUGAUCACUUUAUUAAUUUAGUCUUUUAAUCAUCUUGAAUAAACCACAACCACAAUGAAUAAAACAUCUACAAAAUACAUUUUAGCAUAUUUCAUUCUGCAUUGUUUAAGCUAUUAUGGAGCAACAAAAAUGUUCAACUUUGUGUGUUUGUUUGUGACAGUAACCAAUGCUGUAAACAUUAUAGAGUGUAAAGACAAAUGGCAAUAGUAUCCAAGUUAUUCCACUUGCUUUUGCUGAUUGCUUUCUUAAUUCCUAUUGCCAUGCAGCACCAACAGUCCAACAUGAGAAGUACACAUAAAAUCAUCAAAUAAUUGUAAUCAAAGAGAAAUUAGUUCAGUCUGUCCAGGCUUUUAGACUCAUCUCAAUGAAAAGACAGUCACUGAUCUGACAAACAUUAAGAACAGAACAUUCCAGACACAUUCCACAUCACUGAAACCUCCAAAGAAGUGUUUACGGCUGUGAGUGAGGGAUUAAUCCUGUAUUCCUCCUGCUUCUGCUUUUCUCCAAUCUCCUGCUGGCCCAUGUUUGCUUUCCAGUAAGCAGUUCUUCCUGUAAUGUUUCUUGUGAACACUCUGCAGAGAAUCCUGGGGUUUGAAUUAGGGUCAGGCUGAGGGUCAGUUAACAUAACUCAACUAAAAUUCAACUCUUAAUUUGAACCCCAUGCUGCAAGAAAUUCUAUCUUUGCAAGGAAAAUAUUGUAGCAUGUAAUAUAUCUCAUUGUGAUAUUGCUGUAAGGAUAUUGUUCAGUCUAUUUCUAGGUAUGUUUUACUCACUUUAAGUAAUAUGUAGUUGUAUCUAGAUAAAUUGUCUUAUUCUGUCAUUAUUUCAUGAAACAAAAAUAUAUCCGCAUUAUUUGUUGAAAGAGCUUUAAACUUAAUAAAUUCACUUGAAAUUACUUAAAGCAAGUAAAAAAUAACUCUAGGAUUAUGUUAAAUCUUAUAACAUUCUUGCAACAUUAUAUAAUGAGAAAUAUUUGAUAUUUUGACUAGAUUUAAGAUGAUUCCACUUGCCAAGAUAUCAUUUGUUGCAGUGUAACCAAAGCCUUAAUCUCAUAUCAACAUCUAUGAGGCAUCAUGCAUUUAAAAAAUCCUGCAAAUGAUUUUCAGUCAUUGCUCUGAAUUGGAUAUGACUAUAAUAUUAGUGCAUUAAUAUUAUAUGAUACGGUUUCAUAGAUCAGGUCUUCAUAAGGAAUGUUACUGAGUGCCAUGUCAUUAUCUCUGUUCUUAUGACACUUUCACACUACAUCUUGGUUUGGUGUGGACAUCUGAGGGAAUGUUUCUCUUGUAGGUGGUGUAAUGUGAAAGGGGCAUUGCUGCACCCCAGAAUGAAGAUUAAGAGACAGGGAGGAAAGGAAGACAAAAGAAAGAGAGAGAACGAAAGAAAGAGUAGUCAAGGAAGAAGGAGGAAG